GAUCCGUCAUCCACACUGAUAUGUCUGCCAGACAUGCAGAGAUGCGAUUCGCCACCUGGUUAUCAGAAGGGGGAAAGGAGAAGAUGAAUUGUGUGUCGUCUGCAUAGCAAUGAUAGGAGAGACCAUGUGAGGUUAUGACCUGGACCAAUGGCACCAAUGAGAAGAGCAAGGAGCUCCUUCAUGGGAGGGUCCUGAGGAAUGCUCACUCUCCGUCCCUGAGGAGAAGGUUGACAGAAUUGAGGAUGAGGAGGAGGAUAAGGAUGGGGGAGAGAACACAGCCCCUCGCCAAAGAGGAGUAAGGGAGGAGAAGGCUCAGGGGUGUCUGAUGGCCCCCCAACAUCCUUUAGCGGGGAGAUGGAGAACCCCCUGACCCCCCCUGCAGCCUUGUCCCAACCCCUCUUCUGAUCCCCCAUUUGUGUGCCAAAAACAUCCCUCUCACUGCCAGUGGAGAGAAGGUCAUACUCUGGACAAGGUGUCUCGGCGGUUUCGGGACCUGAUACACCUGUUCCGCACCGCUGCCUGCCAGUUCAAUUUAGAGGACGAAACUAUGACCACUGAACAGCAGACAGUCACAGACAAGGAGCAGGACUGAACUGGACAGAACCAACCCAAAAAGGACAGAACCAAGACACUUCAAAGGAGAGAAGCAGAGAGGAUACUUGUGACUGCAGUAUAUUCAUACCACAUAUAAACUAUUCCAGAAACCAGUUCAAGGCUGGUGAAAUCUGGAAGCAACGUUCAGGGCUUAUGACCACUCUUAAUAAACUCAUAUCAGAAUCACCUGUGCCUUCACUGAGCUGAAGCAACACCAGCAGCUCGAAAGAUGACAGCUUUUCAAGUUUACCAUAACCAAUUUUAAACAGUGAGCACUGUAACUGUACAUCACUAAUUUAUUGAAAUAAAUACACCUUUGUCUUAGUUAUCACUCAAAUGCACUACUGAGGGACUAGGGAACGUAGUCUCUUAGUGUGGCAAAAGUUGUAUAAAUACUAUAAAUAGACAAUUGGGGUUUAGUCCAGGAAUAUACAUGUUUUGUAUACUUUCUUUUCUCCAAUUCCCUGAGUUGUGCAUUUAUGGCACAAUAUUGGAAAUAUGAACGGUAAUAAUACCUGUGCAAGAGUUAUAUAUUUUAUACCAAAUUAACGUAAUUUAUCCGUUUGCCUUUUUGAUUAAUUCCUUUCGUUUAUGAGAAAUGUUGUAAGAGUUCAAUCUCCAAGGCGCACAUCUAGACGUCUACUAGACCCACACAGAUGUUCUUGGUCACGUCACAGCUCUACUAUACUCACUCCCACCCGGCAGUGAACUUGAAUGCAGAGCAGUGAGAGGUAGUGAAAAGCAGAGGAUAUCAGCUACAGAAUGCAGAGCAGUGAGAGGUAGUGAAAAGCAGAGGAUAUCAGCUACAGUAUAUCGCUAUUGGGAGCACUUAAUUCUGCUGAGAUGGGUACUUUGGUUCCAUUUCGCAUGUUCUUGCUUUUUGCGUUGGCUCAGCAGAACGUCUUUGUAGCCUCCAGCGACGUGCUCGAGCUCGGGGAUUCUGAUUUCGAUUAUACGGUAGCAGAGUACGAGACUGUGCUGGUAGAGUUCUUCGCGCCUUGGUGUGGUCACUGCCAGCAACUAGCCCCAGAAUAUGAAACUGCAGCAACAAAACUAAAAGGGACAGUGUCUUUAGCUAAAGUAGACUGCACAGUGAACUCUGAGACGUGUGGACGUUUUGGGGUCAAUGGGUACCCCACACUCAAAAUCUUCCGCAAUGGAGAGGACUUUGCUGCUUAUGAUGGACCUAGGAGUGCAGAUGGCAUUGUGAGCUACAUGAAAAAACAGGCAGGUCCCAGUUCCGUUCCUCUGCACAAUGAGAGAGACCUGGAUGCAUUCAUCAACAAUUUUGAAGCCAGUGUGGUUGGUUUUUUCUCAGGUGCUGACACCUCUCAGAUGGCUGAGUUUCUGAAGGCAUCUAGUGCCAUGAGAGACAGCCACCGCUUUGCCCACACUGCAGACCUGAGCCUGGGCCUCAAACACGGCGUGGAAUCAGACAUGGUGGUGCUCUUUCGGCCCCCACGACUCAACAGCAAGUUUGAGGACAGCUUGGUCAAGUCUGAUGAGGCUGUCUCGACCGCCUCUCUCCGUCAAUUCAUCAGAGAUAAUGUGUUUGGGCUGUGCCCCCAUCUGACUGCUGAGAACAGAGAGAACAUGAGGGGACGGGACUUGCUGGUGGCCUACUACGACGUGGAUUACCUCCGCAACAUCAAGGGCACCAACUACUGGAGGAACAGGGUGAUGAAAGUGGCCACUCAGUUCCAGUCUCAGGGGCUGAGUUACGCUGUGGCCAACAGGGCUGAGUUCCAGGAAGAGCUGGAGGAGGAGUUUGGCCUGGGGCCGUCUGACGGGGGAGAGCUGCCUCUCAUCACCAUCAGGAACAGGGAGGGCCACAAGUACAGCAUGCAGGAGGAGUUCACACGGGACGGGAAAUCCCUGGAGAGGUUCUUGGAGGACUACUUUGCUGGUAAACUGAAGAGGCAGGUCAAGUCAGAGGCUGCUCCCGAAAACAACGACGGCCCAGUCAAGGUGGUGGUGGCGGACAACUUUGAGGAGAUAGUGAACAACCCUUCCAAGGACGUACUGGUGGAGUUUUAUGCACCCUGGUGUGGACACUGCAAAAGCCUGGAGCCAAAAUACACAGAGCUUGGGGAACAGUUGUCCGCCGACACCCACAUUGUUAUAGCAAAGAUGGAUGCCACUGCCAACGACGUUCCUCCAUCCUACGAUGUCCAGGGUUUCCCCACUAUUUUCUUCGUCCCAGCAGGACAGAAGGACCAGCCUCGGAAAUACGAGGGUGGCCGUGAGGUGAAUGAUUUCCUCAGCUAUCUGAAGGAUGAGGCCACACAUCCCCUUGUCCUGGGCACUGCCAGAGAAGACUUGUGAGAGUGCAAUGGAGAGAAAGAAAGAAAUGAAAUGAACUAUGAGGGGGGAAAAGGAGCCACCCAUUGCAGCACACAGUUUCAGACCAGAAGAUCUCCUACCUUACCAGCAACACUGAAUACUAAUAACAUAGAGGACUUCUAAAUUAAACAAUCAGCAGUUUUUUCUUGGAACUUCAAAAGAGUAAUGUUCUCAAUGUGAGAGGAUGGAGCAUCUGCAAGCACACGUGCAGAUUGGCUUUGCCAUUAAACUGGUGACUUGAACACGUGCAGAUUGGCUUUGCCAUUAAACUGGUAACUUGAUGGUUGCGAUUUAAUAUUCCCAAGAAAGGCAUCUAGUGUAGCAUCCUUGACUGAGUAAGGUACCUCAGUCAGACUACUGAUAAAUGUAGAAAAUGAAAAAUUAUGUGUAACAGUUUUUGCGAAGUUGCUUACAGGUACAAAGAAAAAAGUGUAUGCUAAGCAAAUAGGUAAAAAUUGAAUCAAAUACUGAUCCAGGGGCCUCCCGAAUGGCGCAGCGGUCUAAGGCACUGAGGCGUCACUACAGACCCGGGUUCGAUCCCGGGCUGUAUCACAACCGGACGUUAUCGGGAGUCCCAUAGGGCGGCGUCCAAUUGUCCCAGCGUCGUCCGGGUUAUGGGAGGGUUUGGCCGGGGGGCUUUACUUGGCUCAACGCGCUCUAGCGACUCCUUGUGGCGGGCCAGGCACCUGCAGGCUGAUCUCGGUUGUCAGUUGAACGGUGUUUCCUCCGACACAUUGGUGCGGCUGGCUUCCGGGUUAAGCAAGCGGGUGUUGAGAAGCGUGUUUCGGUGGGUCAUGUUUCGGGGGAUGCAUGAUUCAACCUUCGCCUCCUGAGCCCGUUGGGGAGUUGCCGCGAUGACGGAGAAAAAGGGGGUAAAAGGGACCGAGUUUGGGAAACUGAUUUAGCAGACACUUAUCCAUUUUUGUGUGAAAAUAGGGUGAAGACUACUGAAACUCUAUGGACAGGCUUAGAUUUCAGUUUGACUUUUAUGCCAAGCAUCUCACCUGCUCUUCUUGAGGAGAGGCAACCUUAAAGUUUGAAAUGUCCCCUCAUUGUACUGAAUUUAUCACAUUGAACUCCAUUUGAUUUUUACUUACUAUAAUACACUCCAUCACUCUAUUUUGUUUUGUGUUACAUACACAAAAUAUCACAUAAUCCACAUAUUAGUACGUUUUAUUAGAUAUCUGUUUAUUUGUUAUCAAAUUACAGUGAUAUUUAUUGGUAUUAUUUAUUUUUCAUGUAACUAUACAUUCUAUCAGCUAGCCCCUCUUCUGAGAUUAAUGUUUUACAUCAAAUUUGACUGUUACAUCUCAUUUAGCUUUUUAUUUGUGUAACUACUGAAAUAAUUUGAGUUUUCUUACAUGAAAAGAGAGUUAUCAACUUGAAGAUCGGGCAAUGUCCAAUGCAUGUGUAUUAUUUGAUAAAUAACAAAGACGUCACAGAA